GUGACCGAGAAGACGGCAACCCAGUUCGAAAAGGACGUUGCGGCGCUGGGGUGCCUGCAGCCUUCCGUCGAACCGCGCGCCACCGAGCACAUUGCGGGCAUGAUCGCUAUCAUCGAGCGACUGAUUGCCAAAGGGCAUGCCUAUGAGGCUGGCGGCGAAGUGCUGUUUCGCGUUGCCUCCAUGGCCGACUACGGCAAGCUUUCGGGACGCAAUCUCGAAGACAAUAUCGCCGGCGCGCGCGUCGCCGUCGAAAGCCACAAGGAAAACCCCGCCGAUUUCGUUCUCUGGAAAGCCUCCAAUGACGAUGAGCCGGGCUGGGACAGCCCGUGGGGUCGCGGCCGUCCGGGGUGGCACAUCGAAUGCUCGGCCAUGAGCGAGGCCUUUCUGGGUGAGACCUUCGACAUUCACGGUGGCGGGCUGGACCUGAUCUUCCCCCACCAUGAAAACGAAAUCGCCCAGUCCCGCUGCGCUCACGGUACGGACGUGAUGGCCAAUUACUGGAUGCAUAACGGCUAUCUGCAGCUCGAGGGCUGGCAACGCGCCGCGCGGGCCGGUAAAGAAACUGCACCGGACGCGGCCACAAUUGCCGAAUUGGCCGACGAUCUCAAUUUUUCCCGCGCUUCGAUGGUUCUCGAUGCCAUGGCCCGCAAGGCUAACCGUGGGACGGUGACUGCAGCCCAUUGUCUCGCUGUGACCCUCGAGUUCUUUGGAUUUUCGACCGACAGUCUCCUGAAAAAUAGCGCUGGCGACUCGUUUGGUAUCGAAGAUCAGAUCGACGCCCGGCUAGGUGCAUUGGCGGCGAAGGACUUUGCUAUGGCCGACGCUAUCCGCAACAAGCUGCUCGAAGACGGCAUCCAGUUGAUGGACUACAAG